AUGGCUGGUUCAUCUCGUCAAAAAAUCUCACUUCUCUUCCACCGUACACGUUUAAAAUCUCGUUAUAUCUUCUCAAUACUCGUUGGACUUGCAUUGGGCUUUGCCUUAAGUCUUGCCAGUGUGCCAUUAAUGAGCAUAUGUGAUAGUUCAUUAUCAAUACCAUUUUCCUCCUCGUCAGAUUUUUCUCUUCACAAUGGCAGUUUCUCAUUGCGUGACAAAUUCGAUCCGUUUCGAAUCUUAAAUCGGCAAGCACGAUCAAUUGCUGAUAUUACACUUGUCGAUUACGGUAGUAAAGAUUAUGAACCACGAAUUCAUCCAAUACAAUCAGCAGCAAUGAAACCAAAUAAUACCAAUAGUAAAAGUGCACAAGCGGCAGCAGCGACAACAGCACGUCCGCCACCUGCCCCAAAAAUCGUACGACCACGUUAUAUAGCCGACGAACUUGGUAUUCGUGAAAAAGUUCUCGUUGCUGUUUUAACCGAGACAAAUCAUUUGAAUACAUUUGCUUUAUUUCUUAAUCAAACAUUACAAGAGCAUGUGAAUCAUCUGUUAUUUUUCAUUGAUGACGUCGUACAAGAUUUUCCGAAGGGUUUGCAAGUUGUCGCCAUUCAUGAUAAACGAGUGUACCUGAAACCAUUCUAUGUAUUAAAAUAUCUAGCUGAAAAGUUUAUUAAAGCUUAUGAUUGGUUUCUGCUUGUACCAGAUAAUACUUUUAUACGAGGCUUCAAGUUACAUGAAUUUCUUAGUCAUAUUAGUAUCAAUCAAGAUUUGUACAUGGGACAAGCGUUUGAUGAUAUUCACGCGGUGUAUUGUUACUUUGGAUCCGGUAUCAUUCUAUCCGGAACAGUGCUUCGAAAAAUCUACGAUGAACUUGAUUGGUGUACGAAAAAUGCUUACUCACAAGAUCUAACUGAUAAUAUCGGACGUUGUGUUUUAAAAACAGCUAAAUUGCCCUGCACAAAUACGGCUAGUAAUUAUCAAUUCAAUGCAUUUGUUGAUUAUCGUUUUGAGUUCGACACAGACAUCGAUAAAUUAGCAAAAAGCGCUACAUUCAAUCAAUCGUUAACUGUUCAUCCCGUGCAAGAUCUCGAAACAAUGCUGAAACUUCAAAAGUAUUUUAAUGAAGUUGAAAUCAAUGAAAUGACGCAAGAAAUAACCAAAUACGAGGAAACUAUUGAAAGUUUAUCUUGCUACGCCCCUGAGGGCUGCGGAAAUAUACCUUGGCCUCCAGGAGUGCCCGCUCCUUUCAAACCACCGACACGAUUUGAUGUUCUUCGAUGGGAUUAUUUCAAUGAAACACAUAUCUAUCUCAAGACAGAUAGUGAAGUAGUUGAUCGACUAAAACAAAUCGACUACGAAGAUGUGCAUGAAGUGAUUGACCAUUCUGUACAGCAACUACAGAAAAAAUACGGAACUGACUUAAAAUUCAAACAUUUACGCAACGGUUAUCGUCAAUUUGAUCCAACACGUGGUACACAUUACAUUCUUGAUUUGAUUCUUAUCGACAAAAGUGCAAAUGAGAUUGUUAAACGUGCAGAAUUGAUGAGACCGUUAGGUCUCGUGGAAAUCGUUCCCAUGCCAUUCGUUACGGAAACGACGAAACUCUUUUUAAUAUUACCAAUUCAUUCCGAUGAACAAUCUGUAGCUUUAAGAUUCCUUAGUCAUGCAAACAAAACAUUGUUCGAACACGAGACUCCUGAUAAGUUCGAAUUACUUCUCACACAUAUCGUGUACACAAAACAAGAAUAUUCGCAAACACAAAAAUGGUUCGAACCUCUUCGUUCGGAAAUUAAGUUAAUUCACCAAAUACGACCAAAACUGACAAUCACGUAUCACACUCUACUUCUUCCGUCAACGACAAUUCCACAUUAUUCGAAACCAAUGUAUUUAUUAGAAUUCUUUCAAGCAAAACUUCGCACAAAUUCUUUAAUAUUUAUUACGAAUCCAUAUGUUGAUAUCGAUUCCGAUUUUGCCAGUCGCUGUCGAUUGAACAUUAUCGAAAACACUCAAUGUUUCUUUCCAAUCGCCUUUUAUCAAUAUCAUCCACGUAUUAUUGCGCGUACGCAUCAUCUGACAGAUAAUUCUACAAUUGAAUUACACAAAUUCCAUGGUUGGUUUAAUUCCUAUGCAUAUGAUCAAAUUGGACUUUAUAUGAGUGAUUAUUUAAAUUUGAAAAAACUCAUCUCGUAUCAUAAUAUAACUGAGUCGAGCAGCAAUCUUUACGAUCUAUUUAUUCAAUUAACCGAUAUGCAUAUUUUACGUGCACCGGAUCAGUCGUUACGUGUUCAUUAUCGGCCGAUUCAAUGUGAUCUCACAAUACAAUCGAGUUCAAUUGAAUACAAUCGAUGUUUAAUGCAACGAGAAAAAGGCCUAGCGUCUCGUAGUCAAUUGGCAAUGAUUGUUAUUGACAAUGAGCCAAUUAAGACUAAAAAAUAA